AUGGGAUCAUUAAAGAGUUCUGUCUUCCUCUUGAUCCUGCACCUUCUAGAGGGGACCCUGAGCAAUUCCCUCAUUCAGCUGAACAAUAAUGGCUAUGAGGGCAUUGUCAUUGCAAUUGACCCUAAUGUGCCAGAGGAUGAAGCACUCAUUCAACAAAUAAAGGACAUGGUGACUCAGGCAUCUCCAUACCUAUUUGAAGCCACAGGGAAAAGAUUCUAUUUCAAAAAUGUUGCCAUUUUGAUUCCUGAAAACUGGAAGACAAAACCUGACUAUGUGAGACCCAAACUGGAAACCUACAAAAAUGCUGAUGUUCUGGUUGCUGAACCUAAUCCUCCAGGUAACGAUAAACCAUAUACUGAGCAGGUAGGAGCCUGUGGAGAAAAAGGUGAAAGGAUUCAUUUCACUCCAGACUUCUUAGCAGGAAAGAAGUUGGAUCAGUAUGGACCACAAGGUAGGGUUUUUGUCCAUGAGUGGGCUCAUCUACGAUGGGGAGUAUUUAACGAAUACAAUGAUGAUCAGAAAUUCUACUUAUCCAAAGGAAAACGUGAAGCAGUAAGAUGUUCAGCAGCUAUUACUGGUUCUAAUGCAGUUCGAAAGUGCCAGGGAGGAAGUUGUAUUGACAAAUCUUGCAGAAUCGACAAAUUAACAGGAAUGUAUGAAAAAGACUGUGAGUUCAUACCCCAAAGGCAACAGACUGAGAAGGCUUCCAUAAUGUUUGCACAAAGUAUCAAUUCUGUGGUUGAAUUCUGUACAGAACAAAACCACAAUGCAGAAGCUCCAAACCUGCAAAACCAAAAAUGUAAUCUCCGAAGCACAUGGGAAGUGAUCCGUGAAUCUGAGGACUUUAAGAAAACCACUCCAAUGACAACACAGCCACCCAACCCCACUUUCUCACUGCUGCAGAUUGGAGAAAGAAUUGUGUGUUUGGUCCUUGAUAAGUCUGGAAGCAUGUCGAAUGAUAACCGCCUUAACCGCAUGAAUCAAGCAGGGAAGCUUUUCCUGCUGCAGACGGUGGAACAGGGUUCCUGGGUUGGGAUGGUGAUGUUUGACAGUGUCGCCUAUGUACGGAGUGAACUCAGACAGAUAAACAGUGGCACCGACAGGGAUGCUCUCACUAGAAGCUUACCCACAGUAUCUGCAGGAGGGACAUCCAUCUGCUCUGGGCUUCGAUCAGCAUUUACUGUGAUCAGGAAGAAAUACCCUACAGAUGGAGCUGAAAUCGUGCUGCUGACUGACGGGGAGGACAGCAGUAUAAGUAGCUGCUUUAAUGAGGUGAAGCAAAGUGGAGCCAUCAUCCAUACAGUCGCCCUGGGGCUCUCUGCAGCUAAAGAACUAGAGGAGCUGUCCAAAAUGACAGGAGGCUUACAGAUGUUUGCUUCAGAUCAAGUUCAGAACAACGGCCUCAUGGAUGCUUUCGGGGCCCUUUCAUCAGGAAAUGGAGCUCUCUCUCAGCGCUCCAUCCAGCUGGAGAGUAAGGGAUUAACCCUUCAGAAUAAUCAGUGGAUGAAUGGCACGGUGAUUGUGGACAGCACAGUGGGAAACGACACUUUAUUUCUUGUCACCUGGACAAGACAGCCUCCCCAAAUCCUUCUCUGGGAUCCUAGUGGAAAGAUACAAAAUGGCUUUUUAGUGGAUGCACUUACCAAGAUGGCCUACCUUCAAGUCCCAGGCACUGCCAAGGUUGGCACUUGGAAAUACAGUCUGCAAGCAAGCUCACAAACUCUGACUCUGACUGUCACCUCCCGCGCAUCAAGUGCUACCCUGCCUCCAAUUGCAGUGACCUCCAGAAUGAACCAGGACACAGGCAAAUUCCCCAAUCCCAUGAGAGUUUAUGCAAAUAUUCGCCAAGGAGCCUCACCAAUUCUUAGGGCCAGUGUCACAGCCCUGAUUGAAUCAGCAAAUGGGAAAACAGUUACCUUGGAAUUAUUGGACAAUGGAGCAGGUGCUGAUGCCAGUAAGAAUGACGGUGUCUACUCAAGGUACUUUACAGCUUAUGAUGCAAAUGGAAGAUAUAGUGUAAAAAUAUGGGCCCUGGGAGGAAUUAAUGCCGCCAGAGCAAUCCCCCAGCAGAAUGGAGCCAUGUAUAUACCUGGCUGGAUUGAGAAUGGUGAAAUAAAAUGGAAUACACCACAACCUGAAAUUAGUAGCAAUACUCUUCAAGAUAAGCAAGUGUGUUUCAGCAGAACAUCUUCUGGAGGUUCAUUUGUGGCCUCUAAUGUCCCAAGUGCUCCCAUCCCUGACCUCUUCCCACCUUGUCAAAUCAUUGACCUGAAGGCAGAAAUUCAAGAGGGCAAUCUCAUUAACCUGACAUGGACGGCUCCUGGGGAUGAUUAUGAUCAGGGACAAGCUCACGAGUAUAUCAUUCGAAUAAGUACAAGUAUUCUUGACCUCAGAGAUAAUUUUAGUGUUUCAGUUCAAGUGAACACUACUGAUCUCAUCCCUAAGGAGGCCAACUCAGAGGAAGUCUUUGUGUUCGAACCGGAAAAUAUCACUUUUGAAAAUGGAACGGAUCUCUUCAUUGCUAUUCAGGCUGUUGAUAAGGCUAAUCUGAAAUCAGAAAUAUCCAACAUUGCACGAGUAUCUUUGUUUAUUCCUCCUCAACAGCCACCUGAAGACACUUCUACUCCUUAUCCUAAUACUACUACCAAUGGCACCAUUUGUGGCAUUCACAUUUUUAAAAUUAUGUGGAAGUGGAUAGGGGACUUGCAAAUGACCUUAGCUGUGCAUUGA